AGCGCCAGGCCAGAGCUGAGCGGAUUCAAGUCACAUGACCGAGAUCGACGAAUCAGAGCCCCCCGGACCAAGGACAGCUCGAUCCAGCGUGUGCAGUAUGAGACUUGACAGGAGCCUGAAAGUGUGUGUGAGGGGGGCUGAAUAAGGGGCUUAUCCCGGGGGGGUAUCACAGGACUGCACAGACCAAGACAAUGCCGAACAAGUCGAGAAAAGACAAGGAGUCAUCAAAGUCUGGGAAAUCCAGUAAAAGUGGGAGCAAACACCAAAACAGCCAUGACUCUGAAAAAGAGGGCUCCAAUAAGAGAAGCAGCAGUGCGCCCCCCUCUGCCCAGCUGAUGCGGGUGAAGCAGUCUUCCUCCCAGGGUGCGCUGAAGAAAGAGAGGAGGCUAAGCGCGUCUUGUUUUCCCAUCAGCACCAACAGAGAGCUGCACAAGCUGGCACCCUUCAAAGAUGUAUCUCCAGCCGAGCAGGAGAAGCUGUUCAUCCAGAAGCUGCGGCAGUGCUGCGUCCUUUUUGACUUUGUCUCUGACCCCUUAAGUGACCUGAAAUGGAAGGAGGUGAAGCGAGCAGCGCUGAGCGAAAUGGUGGAGUACAUCACUCACAACCGCAACGUCAUCACCGAGCCUAUUUACCCAGAGGUGGUCCACAUGUUUGCUGUAAAUAUGUUCAGGACGUUACCUCCCUCUUCCAACCCCACUGGAGCAGAGUUUGACCCAGAGGAGGACGAGCCCACACUAGAAGCAGCUUGGCCGCAUCUACAGCUUGUCUACGAAUUCUUCCUAAGAUUUUUAGAAUCACCAGACUUUCAGCCAAAUGUUGCAAAGAAAUACAUUGAUCAGAAAUUUGUGUUGCAGCUUCUGGAGCUGUUUGACAGUGAAGACCCUCGCGAGAGAGACUUCUUGAAAACCACUCUGCAUCGCAUAUACGGGAAAUUCCUGGGACUGAGGGCGUACAUUCGGAAGCAAAUCAAUAACAUAUUUUAUAGGUUCAUUUAUGAAACAGAACACCACAAUGGAAUAGCUGAACUACUUGAGAUUCUCGGAAGUAUAAUCAAUGGUUUUGCCUUACCGUUAAAAGAAGAGCACAAGAUUUUCCUGCUGAAGGUUUUAUUGCCUUUACACAAAGUCAAGUCACUGAGUGUUUACCACCCACAGUUGGCGUACUGCGUGGUGCAGUUCUUGGAGAAGGACAGCACACUCACUGAACCAGUUGUUAUGGCCCUUCUGAAAUACUGGCCAAAGACUCACAGCCCAAAGGAGGUGAUGUUCCUCAAUGAGCUUGAGGAGAUUCUGGAUGUGAUCGAACCAUCCGAAUUUGUUAAAGUGAUGGAACCUCUGUUUCGACAGCUAGCCAAGUGUGUGUCCAGCCCACAUUUCCAGGUGGCAGAAAGAGCUCUUUACUACUGGAACAAUGAGUAUAUAAUGAGCCUCAUCAGUGACAACGCUGCCAAAAUCUUGCCAAUAAUGUUCCCAGCAUUGUACCGCAACUCAAAGACACACUGGAACAAGACCAUCCAUGGCUUGAUUUACAAUGCGCUGAAACUGUUCAUGGAGAUGAACCAGAAGCUCUUUGAUGACUGCACACAGCAAUUCAGAGCUGAAAAAAAUAAAGAGAGAGCAAAGUUAAAAGAACGAGAAGAGGCCUGGAUUAAGAUUGAGAACCUUGCCAAAUCAAACCCACAGUUGCAGAGGGAUCAGCGGAAAGACCGGCCGCUGGUGAGACGUAAGUCUGAUCUGCCUCAGGACAUGUACACCACGAAAGCCUUGGAGUCGCACCGUCGAGCUGAAGACAUGAUCACCAACCAUGACGGCCACUAGCUUUGUUUCUCUUCUCCUGCAUCCUCCUCAUUCUUUUCUAAACACAGCUCAUUCAAUAAACCAAGAGCGCCGAGGCAUACUGCCACACACAACACUCUCCCCCUGACUAAAAGUUUGAAUUGCUCAGGUUUUUGUUUAACAGCUAUGGGGCCAGCAUUAAGGUUUUCUUCCUCCCCCUCUCAAUGUUUUUCUUUUUCCCAUACUCUGCGUGUUGGUCCACUCCAUCCUGUCUGCGCUCUUUAGAUCUUGGCUCCUGGUGCUCCUGGCUGGAGGCAAGGGCUGGCCGAGAAACCAUGCGGGAAGGUGCCACCAUAGCCUUGGUUGAUCUUUUUUUAUUUUGUUUUUGUUUUUGUCAAAGGGAACAAAGUAUGUCCAGAGACUGUUUGCAAGGAGAGUGGUAUGUCAUCUUUUCCAUCCAUUGCUUCAUCUUCUGUUCUUCUUGGAAACCCAGGGACAGUUGCCAGUGCUAAGACCAACAUAAUGAAGAGCAUUUCUGUUAUCAUUUCUUAUUGUUUUCAACCUUUUUCUUAUCAUUGUGUAAGUACAUUUUUGUGCCAUAAGAUACUCUUAACAUUUA